AUAAAAUGUGAGGCAAUACAAAAAUAUACUUAGGUUUGAACAUGAAAUACAGACAUUAUUUGCAAAACAUACUCGUAUCACAUCAGCUUUUCAGAAACUAAAAGAUAACUGCGAUUGCUUAGAACUGAAAAAUAAAAAUAUCUCGAUAAGGCUUUUCCAUCACUAAAAAGUAUUGAGCCAUGUUCCGGCCGUCUCUGUUCCGCGGCUUCAGUCUCGAGACGCCCGAUGUAACCAGCUAUGGACUUGCCAGGAGCCGGCGCGCCUCGCUGUCGGCCGAGCAGCGGCGCAAGCUGAGCAUGCUGCGCACAGCCAGCAUCCCUGCGCCGUUGACUCCGAAAUACGUAGUGAGCACGGAUCGGAGCGGAGACAUACACGUGCAUGUACAGGGAAAACUUCCUCGACAAGGACAGGGAGAUUUAAGUCAACAAGACAAAAGAUGUGUAUUCUUGACAGUGCACGACCUCGGAACCAAUCAUUCGUCGCUGGUAGACUUCGUGUUGAGCCCGGCGAUGAGUGAGAUAAAAGAGCGCUCCUGUUUCAUUCACGUGGACGUCCCGGGACAUGAGGAAAACUCUCCUGACCUUCCAGACUCCUAUCAAUUCCCGUCACUUCAAACACUAGGAGAAGACCUAAUAACAGUUCUGGACUUCUUGCACGUGCGAUACGCUGUUGGACUUGGUGAGGGGGCCGGGGCGAAUAUCCUGGCCCGCUGCGGCCUAGCCCACCCUCGGAGGCUUCUGGGCCUCAUCUUGGUGAACUGCACGGCCUCGACCUCGUCAGUGGCCGACGCUUUCCGCACCCGCUUCUCCAGGUGGCGCGGAGCGGACAUUUCGCAGUCCGAGGAAGAUUUCCUCAUUUACCACAAGUUUGGGCACGUGAGUUAUAUGCAGAGUGUACAUUUUAAAUAUCAGCAAAUAUCCGGCGAGUCCAUCGAGGCAGCAGAGAGGGAGCGGAUGCUGACUGAGUACCGGUCUCGGCUGCGGGGGAACCUCAACACUCACAACAUCAAGCAAUACGUUAAGGCUUUCAUCAAUCGCAAAGACCUGGUGCUGCGCGGCUGCCAGCCCGACAUCCUGCUUAUCACUGGGAUGCUGAGCCCCUACUCCGGGGUCGUGGAGAAGAUGUACCGCGAGUUGGACCGCGACAAGGUCACCAUCCUCAAAGUGGACAAGGUCGGCGACGUCUUGGCUGAGGCGCCAGCGAAGGUUGCCCAAUCGCUGCUGUUGUUCUGCCAAGGGCAGGGCCAGCUGACGUCGCUGCCACCGCCGGGCGUGGAGCGGCGCAUGUCGCGCGCCAUGUCCAUGGAGGAGUACGACAAGCCCAACAUCCGACGCCUCUCCCUCACCCCCAGCGUCUCUGACUCACCCCCGCCAAGAAAACUCUAGGUCAAAGCCUUCGCCCGCUCGAUCCAAGAGUAGGCGAUGGAAACCACCGAAAAGUUUAUUUCUAGUUCUAGGACAAAUAAGGAAUAUAGCGUUGUGCCUUAUGCCAAUAUAUCUAUACUAAUAUGUCCAUCUGUUAUACUUCAACGGGUAACCGCUGCAUCGAUUUUGAUGGUUGCUAUGAUUAUAUAGUUAAAAACCCAUGUUCAAAGACACGGUUCAUUUGUAAUCAACACCCAAAAAGAGCUGCAGAAAAUUGAGAUGACCGUGUAAAGUUGGUAUUUUGAUAUGUAGCUAGGCUUUGAUUUUAACUUGAAGCGUUUUCCCUGCCGUUUCCGCUAAGCGUCGGAAUCCAGGGUCCACUCUCAGAUUUUUUCUUCUUCACUUCGCACGUUGUUCGGCAUUCGUAGUAGUCAGGCAAUCAAUUUCACGCAAAAGAAGGAUUUCUUGACAACAUCAAGCCGGCACUUUGGAUUUGCUCCUUCGAUGUAUUAUAAUACAAAAUUCAAUCUUUAUAUUAUAUUGUUUCUCAAGUAAAUUUUUAAAUAAAUUAUAUAAAAAUAUGCUAUUGUAUUCGUUUAACGUCUUGUUACCAUGUGAUACAUGUUUAGAUGUACAUAAGUAGCCUUGAAGUUGGAGGCUAGGAGGAAAUUACUAUUAUAUACGUAUACUAGAGUAUGAAUAAUCCUACGAGUUCUGCACCAUCACAAUACAUAAUUCAGAUCUGAGGCACGCUGAGGCGAGGCAGCGCUUAGGCCUCGGGCGAUGCACGACCGACCGAGGCACAACAAAUGCCUCGUCCGACGAAUGUAAUCCAUACCUCAGCGAACUUUUUCUUUAAGUAUGUACUGGACCCGGCAGCCAUGCUAAAAAUUUGUAUGUACUGUAUAUAAGAUAUCAAAUAAUAGGUUGUAAAUACGAAUUAGUCAAAGAGAGGUAAAAACGUCUCACCUAUUUAUAUUAUUUGAGGAUUUAUAUAAUUGUAUUGUAAUUUAUAUUCAUUAUAUUUAUAAAUAUAAAAUGUACCUACCUACCAAGUAUAAUAUAUAAAUCAAUGGCAAGCAACACGUUUGUAGAAAGUAUUGUUGAGAUUGUGCAAUUUAAAAUACCUAUUAGUAAGUAGUUCAGUGCCAGAUUGGUACCUAAACGUAAACUAAGCAAUAUUUUAUGAAUAAAAUAGAUAAGUAAUGACACGGUAUAUUAUCAUAUUCAUAAUUAUUUAACAUAGUAAAAUUAUUUUAUUUAUUACUCUUAGACUUUAAAUAUUUUAUAAGAAGUUGAUACGAACAAUAUAUUCCCUAACAGUAAAUAAACAGGAAAUGUCCUGAGUUACGUGUGAGAGUAUACAUGUGGUAUGUCAAUACUCAUAUGUUACACAAAUAUACUCAUUUUGGACGCUAUCUUUUUAUUUCCGAAUAAAGUAUUAAAUUUGUUCUUUGUUCUUCUUAAUUGUAAUAAAGAUUGAAUUAAUUCGUGUUA